AUGUUGAACGUCUAUAUAUCUUGUAGAGGAAAUUUCAAAACCAAAUUAUUUCGCUUCUCUAGCGCAUCUCAUCGCGAUCAAAGACGGACAAUGCAACAAGUAUCGAAGGGUUUAGCCGAUCUGAAAGUCGAGCAGACAGUAACAGAUCCGCAGGGCAACCCCGGUACAAAAAAUCGGGCUGUAACAAAACCCGUGUCACUGAAUGCCGCUACGGGAGAAGUGAUGGUGAAAAAAUCCACUGGAAAGUCGAAAAUUCGUAAAGGUCAGCCGGAAAAAGAGUACCAAAGGCAAUUAGAACAUUAUAUCGGGGUCGAAAAGGGGCCCCUACAUACUCCAGAAGGUUGGAUGGCCAAAAACGAAGCGCUGCGCGAAGUUGUCGAAGGCCCGGAAUUAGAUUUGACAUUAAAACAGGAUAGACAGCAAUUAGUGAGUCGAUGCCAUCUCUUGUACUAUGAAAGACAGUACGCCGAGUGUGCCGCGUAUUGUGAAAAAUUGCUUAGCCGGUUUGAAGUUCUAACGGAUGCGAAAAGGACCCAAAAGGAGAAAGACGAACUGCGAUACAUUUUGAAACAGUGCCAAUCCAAGCUGUCGCAAUGA